CUACGCAGCACAGAGGAAAACAGCAGGACCAGCACACAGACUUCCAAGAAGGUCAAAAUGAGCGGCAAUACCCCGACCCUGCACCUGGACCGCAUCCCCCCAGACACGCUGAAGAAGGUGCAGCGGUACCUGGAGCCGUUCCGGCUCUCCCAGGCGGAGCUGCAGGAGGUCUCGGCCCGGCUCAGCAGGGAUCUGGUUCUGGGUUUGGGGAAGCAGACCCACCACACGGCGGCCGUCAAGAUGCUGCCCACCUUCGUCAGGGCCACACCCGACGGGACGGAGAACGGCGACUUCCUGGCGUUGGAUCUCGGUGGAACCAACUUCCGGGUUCUCCACGUCCGCGUGGUGGAGGAGGAGCAGAGGGUGCUGAAGAUGGACAGCCAGAUCUGUGCCAUCCCCAAGGAGAUGAUGCUGGGAACUGGAGAACAGGACGACAUGAGGACACAUGAGGACAACAUGAGAGACACUGAGGACGACAUGAGGACAAACUCUUCCUUGGUCUUAACCUCUCCUCCCCUGCGACAGAAAGAAAUAGACAAGAGCAUCCUGAUCCGCUGGACCAAAGGCUUCAACUGCUCCGGGGUGGAGGGCAAAGACGUGGUGAAGUUGCUGAGAGACGCCGUCCACCGGAGAGGGGACUAUGAUAUAGGCCCAGUUGCCAUGGUGAACGACACAGUGGGCACGAUGAUGAGCUGCGGCUACAAAGACCAGAACUGCGAGGUCGGCAUGAUCGUCGGCACGGGAACCAACGCCUGCUACAUGGAGGAGAUGGAGAACGUGGAGCGCGGCGAGGACGGGCGGAUGUGCAUCAACACGGAGUGGGGGGGCUUCGGAGACGACGGCUCCCUGAGAGACAUCCGGACGGAGUUUGACGUGGCCGUGGACGAGACGUCCAUCAACCCCGGCGUCCACAUCUUUGAGAAGAUGAUCAGCGGCAUGUAUUUGGGAGAAAUUGUUCGGCUGCUGCUGGUGAGGCUGGCGGAGGACCAGCUGCUGUUUAAGGGACGGACGUCGGAGACGCUGCGGACCCCGUGGAAAUUUGAGACAAAGUUCAUCUCUGAGAUUGAGGAGCGGGACGACGGUCUGGAAAACACCCGGAGCAUUCUGACCCAGUUGGGACUGAAAGCGGAUUCGGUGGACUGCGGCGUCGUGCGGCUGGUCUGCGACGCCGUCUCCUCGCGCUCCGCCGGUCUCUGUGCCGCCGCCCUGGCGACCGUCGCCAACCGCAUCCGUUCCAACCGCGGGCUGGACCACCUGAAGACCACCGUGGGGGUGGACGGGACAGUCUACCGGAAACACCCCAG